GGGACCGCCCCUACUCCGCCCCCACCGGCCCGGGUGGCGGAGGAGUUGUGCCGCGACCCUCGGACUCCAAUAAAAAUGGCGCUCCGAGCGGCGCGGAGCGUGCGGGCCGCGGCCUGCAGUCUGCGAGCUGCGUCGGCUCCCCCUGUGCCUUGCGUGCCGCGGCCCUGGGGCCUAAGGGCCAGCGCCGUCCGGACGCUGCACAGCGGCCCCAGUCUGCUCUCCGUGCGUAAAUUCACAGAGAAACAUGAAUGGAUAACAACAGAAAAUGGUAUUGGAACAGUGGGAAUCAGCAAUUUUGCACAGGAAGCUUUGGGAGAUGUCGUUUACUGUAGUCUGCCUGAAAUUGGGACAAAAUUGAACAAACAAGAUGAGUUUGGUGCUUUGGAAAGUGUGAAAGCUGCUAGUGAACUCUAUUCUCCUCUAACAGGAGAAGUAACUGAAAUUAAUGAAGCUCUUGCAGAAAAUCCAGGACUUGUCAACAAAUCUUGUUAUGAAGAUGGUUGGCUGAUCAAGAUGACAUUGAGUAACCCUUCAGAACUAGAUGAACUAAUGAGUGAAGAAGCAUAUGAGAAAUACAUAAAAUCUAUUGAGGAGUGAAAAAUGGAACUCCCCCUAAAUAAAGUAGUAUGAAACAACUUAAUCUAGCAUAGUUGUCUUAAAUUAAUGGUGAAUACAAUUUUUAAAAUAACAAUUUGUAUUCAUACCAUGGAAAAACAAACUACAACAAUGCUAUUGGAAGAAAAUGCCCCUUAACUUUCCAAUGAUCGAAGAUAAACACAAUUUGCAUCUUUUUUUUACAACACCCUGUGAUUUUUAAGAUAGGCUACAAUUAUAAUAUUCAGAACUCCUAAGAUCAUCUGUGGUGAAAUCUAGUUGUCAAAAUUAUGUAUUUCGAAGAUAACAUUGUUAUCUUAAACCUUAUAUAAUAUUGUAACUUUCUUAGAUCAGUUUCUGGAUUUCGGUCAAAAUACUUAAUGAGCCUUCCAUUGGAAAUCAUUGGCAGUGGAGAUAAGUUUUUGUUAGCGUCAGAUGACGAACAAAACUAUCUUAGUUUAGCAAUAUAAUAAGUUUGCUGGUGCUAUUUUUAUACAAUGAAGCAGCAGCUUUGUGGGAAAACAAAGUUUAAUAAAAAAACAUUCAACUUAA